AUGAGUGUUCAAUCGACCCUCUUGCCGUUACUGGUGCUGGGGCUGAUGGCGAGCUCGGUGCGGUGCGCACCUCUGCCCCUGGAGCGACGCUGGGAGACUCUUUUCUCACGCACUUUAGCCCGAAUCCCCGGAGAGAAGCGAGAGGACAGUCGGGACAGUGAAUAUCUCAUGGGAAUUAAGAGACUGCGGCGCCUCUACUGCAACGUGGGCAUUGGGUUUCAUCUCGAAGUAUUACCCGAUGGUAGGAUUACUGGGGUGCACAACGAAAACCGUUACAGUCUUCUUGAGAUAUCUCCGGUCGAGCGCGGAGUCGUGACACUGUUUGGCGUCCGGAGCGGGCUAUUUGUGGCCAUGAACAGCAAGGGAAGGCUCUACGGAUCUACGCAGUACACCCAUGAGUGCAGAUUUAAAGAGACUCUCCUGGCAAACAACUACAACGCAUACGAGUCCACAUCAUACCCGGGAAUGUACAUCGGACUGAGCAGGACAGGCAAAACAAAAAAAGGAAAUCGUGUUUCACCAGCCAUGACGGUGACACAUUUCUUGCCCAGAAUCUAA